AUGGACACACCUUGGAUACUUCUUGGCGAUUUUAAGUCUCCACUUUCAGUUGAAGACAAGGAAGGAGGUACGCCAAUCACUACUUAUCAAAUAUCAGAUUUCCAAGAUUGUGUUAUGCGCAACGGGCUAGAGGACUUAUCUCAAGUAGGUUGCAAAUACACUUGGUCCAACAACGAGGUCUUUUGUAAGUUGGAUCAUUGCAUGGUUAAUAAGAAGUGGUUGGAAGAGGACAUGAGGGGAAUGGCUGAAUUCCUAGCACCAGGUUACAUCUCUGAUCAUACUCCAUGUGUGGUCACCAUUAUGGAAGCUAUGGAGCAAACAAAGAAACCUUUCAAAUUCUUCAACAUGUGGAUCACUCAUGAAGAUUACAAUAGUGUGGUGGAGGAGCAGUGGACUCACUUAGGGCUGGACACAAGGCGGGGCAUGGCACAAUACAAAUUUAAGUUGAAGUUGCAAAGGUUAAAGACCACUUUUAAGCAGUUUAACAGGCUUCAUUUUCAGCAUAUCAAGGAGAGAUCACUUCGGGUGCAAGAGGAGUUUCAAAGAAUGCAGGAAAUUGGCUACGCUAUUGGAACUUUUGAGGAAGGAUACCAGCUGGUCCAGAAAAGGGCAGAUCAACUCAACAGGGCAGAUUUCUUAUAUUGUAAGCAAAAAGCAAAGUGCAAAUACUUUAGAGAGGUAGAUCGGAACACUACUUAUUUCCAUGCCUUAGUCGAGAAAACAAAUAGAAUGAGAGAAAUUAUGGUGAUUGAGAAAAGAGAUGGUGGUACCACAACAUGCUUGAAUGAGAUUGUAAAUGAAUUUGUGGAAUCUUUUCAAGGGUUGCUCGGCACAAGUCUACAAAGGAUACCACUCAACACCGAUUGCCUAAACUUUGGAAGAACUUUAAAUCUAGAACAACAAGGAAGCUUGAUACUUAUGCCGAUGGAGGAAGAGAUCAAGAAGGCACUCUUUAGCAUAGGUGACCAAAAAGUGUUGGGUCCGGAUGGGUAUGGAUCAAAGUUCUUCAAGCACUCAUAG